AUGGAUAUCCCAUACAUGGCCUCGGACCCCCCGAGCCUAAAACUUCCGAGGGAAUUUCUUCCACCCUAUGGUCACUUUGUUCCAGAGUCAAUCUACCACCCCACAAUCAGCGCACGCUCACCCUUCCCACUCAAGCGCUUCAUCCGCGCCCAAAACCCUCGCGAGCUCCUCAUCUGCACGGAAGGCACUUCAUUCCACAACGAUGAACAGCCAAGCAAACCCAACGCCGGCUGCGCUUUCAUGGUGAACGAGACUGGAGGCUGGUACCGCUUCCCGCUUGAAGAAAAUAACCCCAAGGGCAAAAAGAACACCAGAACUGCUCGGUGCGCGUCGAUCCGUGCUGCAAUUGCUGCUAUCCAAUGCCGAAACUGGGCCGCCGAAGGAUUCCAACGCCUAAUUAUUGCAACUAGCGAUGUCUCUGUUGUCGAUGGGAUUACGUCUUUGAUGAGAGGAUGGAUCAGGGACGGGUGGUGCUACCGGUACACGGAUGUUCCUGUCGAGGAUGAGGAUCUGUGGUGGUGUCUCAUGUACACAAUACAUGCGGCUGAGAAGAAGGGUUGUACCGUCUAUUUCUGGGCUACCAACGGGUGCUGGAACAAGAUGGCGAUGAAGCAUGCGGGUAUUGCUUCUGAAAUGAUCAUUAAGAAGGCGUAUGAGAAGAUUUCCCUUCCGAGUUUGAGAUAUGCCCCUCGUUAA